CGCCGGAUCACGUGGAGCGCACGUGGAGUGGAGGGCCGCGUCCUGAUCGAGGCAACGCGAGCGCAGCUGCCGAAGCGCGUUGCGUCUCCGUUCGCGUGCCGCGUGGUCACGACGACGUUCAUUUUACGUCCAGGGAAACCGGCAGUGAAGAAUCCAGACUUGAUAUUUUAGUUGCAAGUAAAAGAUUGCAAACAUGCCAAUGAAGGGAGACUUAAUCUCUCAAGAUGCACGCUUUAAAAAAGUCAGCAGGGACCCACGCUUUUGGGAAAUGCCAGAGAAGGAAAGAAAAAUUCAAAUUGACAAACGUUUCCAGGGUAUGUUUAAUGAAAAACGCUUUAAACUUAAAUACACGGUGGACAAACGUGGUAGGCCCAUCCAGCACACGAGUAAGGAGGACCUCAAAAGGUUUUACCAGCUCUCCGAUUCUGAUGACAAUGCCUCUGAUUCUGAUAAUACCAAGGAAGCCAAAACAAAACAAACUACGAAAGACGAAAACUCUGAAAGCGACGAUGGUGAUGAAGAAACAUCUGAGAAAAAGAGUUCUAUUAAAAAUAAAAAGAAUCUCGUGAAGACACAACGAGCAAAAGAAAAGGCGUUGAUAUCUUCCCAAAAAACUGAACAUACUGGACAAUUGUCCAGUACCACUUUUGGAAAUGCAGACGUGAAGACAAACCAGACUCAGUCGGCAAUUGAAAAGGCCAAAAAAAUCAUUGUGAAGGAGGUGAAAUCUAACAAAAAGGGUGACAUUUCAGAAUUGGAAGACGAAUCUGAAAAGUUUGAGGGUGCCGGAUCUCACCGUGGUAGUGCGGAAGAAAAUGAUGACAAAGAUGCAGUGACAUCACGCGUGUCGAAGAAGGGUACAAAAGUCGAUUCUGCUGCUGAUGAUGACGACGAUGAUGAUGAUGACGACGACGAUGAUAGUGAACCAGACAUAGCUCGCGGUGUUGGAAAUAUGGAAUCAAGUUCAGAUGAGGAGGAUUUUGAAGAGAUGUUAAAUGAAGAACCAGAGAUGCUGGUAGAACAUGCAUGGGGAGAGAUUGGUGAAGAUGCACCACGUGCAGAUAAUGUCACACGACGUUUGGCCGUCUGUAAUAUUGACUGGGAUAGAAUCAAGGCCAAAGAUCUGCUGGUUCUCUUCGACUCUUUCAAGCCCAAAUGUGGUGUUGUCAUGUCUGUCAAGAUUUACCCAUCAGAGUAUGGCAAGGAGCGAAUGGAGCAUGAGAAGCUACAUGGGCCUGCUGAGCUGGCAGAUAACACACUGCCAGAUGACAUGCAAGACUCCCAGCUCAAUGCCAAGGAUGAAGUUUUCCAAGAACAAUUGCGAAAGUACCAGUUUAACAGACUGAAGUAUUUUUACGCUGUGGUUCAGUGCGAUUCACCAGAAACUGCCAUUGCCAUUUAUGAAGGCUGUGAUCGAAUGGAAUAUGAAGCCAGUUCUUCCUUCAUUGAUCUUAGGUUUAUACCUGAUGGCAUGACCUUUGAUGAUGAGCCAGUGGACUCGGCUAUUGAAGUGGAUUCAGAGUCAUACAAACCUAAGCACUUUACUUCAGCUGCUCUUGGAAUGUCAAAGGUGGAGUUGACAUGGGAGGAAACAGAUCAUGAACGGGUCCAAACGCUCAUGAAAAGAGAUUUCACAAAAGACGAAAUAUUGGAAAUGGAUGUUAAAGCAUACCUAGCAUCCUCCAGUGAGGAUGAUGAUGAGGAUGAGGAACCAAAUGAUUUUAUUCAGGAACCUCAAGAGGAUAUCGGUGAAGAGGAAGUCACGCAGUUGAAUGCGAAACCAUCCGGAUCGGAAUCUGCGUCUUUGAAAAAAAAUAAAAAAGUUAGCGAGGAGGAAAUGAUUAACAAAUACAGGGAGCUGCUUAAGGGCAUUAACGAGGAAAAAACGGAAGAAAGGGACAUGGAGAUGGAGAUAACCUGGGUUCCAGGUCUCAAGGAAACGGCGGAAGAGAUGGUGAAGAAGAAGCUGGAGGGAAAGGAUGCUUUGACCCCUUGGGAGCAGUAUCUGGAAAAGCGUAAGGAGAAGAAAAGGCAGAAGCGAGAGGAAAAGAAGAAACACAAGGACGUGCAGACCCAGGAUUUGGUGAGUGAUGAGGAACUCCCUCCAGAUGUAGACCUCAGCGAUGAAUUUCAUCGAGAGGAACUCCAAGGAACAGAAGCAUCAAAGAAGGGAAAGAAAAAGAAGACAAAGGGAAAAAAGGAACAAGCAUUGACGUCAGAAGAAACUGUUGAAAGAGUUCAACAGGAGGCUGAACUGGCUCUGCUCAUGAUGGAUGAUGAGGAGGAGGAUAAGAAACACUUCAACUAUGAUGACAUUGUUGAUCAACAAAACGUGAGCAAGCGUAAGAAAAAGAAGAUGCUGAAGAAGAGGGAAGUGAUUGAAGAAGAUACUUUUCAGGUCGAUGUGGAAGAUCCAAGGUUCACUGCCGUCUACACGUCGCACUUGUAUAACAUCGACCCGUCGGACUCCAGUUUUCGGAAAACUAAAGGCACAGAGGCACUGUUAAUGGAGAAAGGACGCAAGCGGCGUCUCCAGGAAAAAGAGAAACUAAGUGGCCUCCAGCACCAACCUUCAGAAGUGGAGGCACUGGCAGCAAAGGGCCUUGAUGAGAAAAAGAAGGGAGUUGACCCUGCCCUUUCAUUGCUCAUAAAAUCCGUGAAAAGUAAGACGGAACAGUUUCAUGCCAGCAAAAAGAAGAAGAUGUGAAGACCAACGCGGUUGCAUACUUGGCUCGUAAAACUAGGAAUAUCGUAAAAAAAAAUCACGGCAAACGAUAAACAAAUCCGAUACAUUUUCGAUUUAAAGCUUUCGUGACUGCAGGGAUUCAUCUUCUUGGUUCUUUCGGUAAAGUCACGUAGAAGGAAAAUAAUAAAAAUAAAACAUAAAAUAAUUCUCACGACGUUUCGGCCACAACGCAAGCAGCCGUCUUCAGGUGGAGAACAUGACUUUACCGAAAGAACCAAGAAGAUAAAUCCGAUACAUUUUAAUAUCUGCAAGUUAUUGUUAGGUUUACAUACCAAGUAAUUUUUCAAAGCUGUGCAUCUUAUAGCAGUAAAACAAUGUAGUUUGAUUUGUCUUGUAAAAAUGUAUAAAGGAUACUGCUGUAUACAAAUACAAGAGAUUCGUUAGGGGGCAGGAUAGAUAUUACAUUUACAUGCAAAAAAGGUAACAAUUUUUAUGUCAAAUCGUAUAAUAAACAGAAAAGAUCAAAAUUGCAGCGUUUCUCUUGUUUCCAAAUGCCGAUUCAAAUUAUCCCACAAUCUAUGAAGGUUGGUUGAUCGUUUGCAAAUGCCCCCCCCCCCCACCCCUUAUAAUCCACUCGUGCAAUUCAUGGUUUUGCAGACACAUCUUCCCAUUGGAACUUUGCCAACAUGUACAGAUGCCCUUUUAGAUGUAUCUUUUUACUUUGUAGAGGUGCCUGGGAGUGUUUACUGAUGCAGCGUGUUCUCCAUUGCUCGAGAUCAGUUGGAGGUUUUGCUGUGUGGGAGGAAACUUGGGCAACAGAUGCACGACUUCAAUCCGAAAUGCAAGUCUUUUAUGUCGAAGGAAACCAUUCAAUCGACACGCCCAAUGGCAGAGCACAUCAAUGUGCAUUACAUUCAUUGUCAAAACCUAUGAAAAACAUACUUGAUUUUGUUUUAGUGAUGUCGAUUCCUGUGUGCGUGCAAAAGUGUACCGGAGCUCUCUUGCAAAUGUUAUAUUCAGUCAGGUACACGCAUAUAACAUUCAUGGGAGGAGAUGAACAUCUUUUGUAGAAUAAGGGUUAAGUAUAAGGAAUAAAAAAUCAAUUGAAAUACUUUACAUAGUAAUAAAAAUGACCGGUUGCUGAGACGCAGGUGCAAUACUCCCAAGUCGUCGGCAACAAACAUGCAUUGGACGACUGAAAAGGAAAUGCUAGUAGAUGAUACUGGUAGGAACCUCCUGGUUACACCAGCCCACAGGGGAUUAUUGUGUCC